AUGCCGGACGCCUACAGCUCAGUGCCAUUGGCGCUCGAGACGCUGUCUAUCCACUCCGACAAGUCAAGCUACUCCCCCAGGCACGCGCGGCGGCAGUCCGCAGGGUACCCUGCCGCACCCUUCAGCAGGCGUGCCUCCCUAAGUGAGGAUGACAUGCCGGCUGCGGCCCGCCGCAGGGACGGCCGCGGCGGCGGCAUCGCCUCGCCGGCGCGCCUCGCAGCCUACAAGAAGCUGGGGCGCAUGCCGGAGCACUCGGAAGUUUACCAGGCUGGUAGGAAACUGGUGCUGAAAACGGGACCAGAUGUCACGCCGCAGGAGGCGGGCACUCUGAGGUACCUCUACGAAAAAACGAGCGUGCCAGUGCCUGAGGUGCUAGACUUUGGCAUAGACCCAGAGACAGGGCACUACUACAUACUGAUGGAAGAGGUCGACGGCGAGCCCCUGGAUCUCGUCUGGGACUUACUGGACGACGAGACGAAGGCCAAGGUUGUAGCCCAAAUACGCGCAAUCUUCCUGGACCUCCGGAGCAUCAACGACCCCGAGAUCUGCGGCUUCGUCCCCGAGACCGACCCCUCAGGCCGCCCGAUCCCCGGCCGGUACGCCAGGUCCGGCGUCACCGACAACUUCUUCGCCCGGCCCCAGGGCCCCUUUGACAGCGAGGGGGGGCUCCUGCACGCUCUGGCGGCGCACCUGCAGCUCCGGGGAGGGCCCGCCAGCUGCUGGCUCGACCGGGUAGUGCUCCCGCUGCUCUUCAGCAUGCCGCCGCACCCGCCGCUCAUGGUGCUGACGCACGGCGAGCUCAACGCCAAGAACAUCCUGGUGCGCCGCGACGGCACCGUGGCGGCCCUGCUGGACUGGAGCCAGUCCGGCUUCUACCCGGUCUACUGGGAGUUUGUAAAGGCCUUCUUCGGCGACGUCGAGUCGUCCGUCCUCGUGCGGGACAAUGUCGUCCCUCACGUCCUGGAUCGGCGGUAUGACGCCGAGUUGGCCGUCAUGCUGUUGGCCAAGGACAUUAUAUGGUAA